AUUUCUGAUGAUGCCUCUGGAGAUCGCGUGGGCGGCCACUGUGCAGUGGCUGGCAGGAGAUGUUAUGUGCCGGGUCAUGAUGUUCACGAGGACCUUCGGCCUUUACCUUUCCAGUUACGUGCUUAUUUGCAUCGCCAUAGACAGAUAUUACGCGAUCCUCAAGCCUUUAAACUUGACGUGGGAGGCACGCAUGCGACGAGCUUUGAUAUUGGCGUGGUUUUGCGCCGCGCUCUCCAGUUUACCGCAGAGCUUCAUCUUCCACCUCGAAGAGCACCCCGAAGUGAGAGGGUAAGCCUUUAAUUCCUUGUAAACAUGCAUAAUGGAAUA